CAACAUUGGGUUGCAAAGAUAUUGAGAUUAGAAAAUCAGAGUUUGUGGCAAAGAAUCAAUUCCUUUGUAUCUGUUUAGCUUUGAGCGAGAUUUUUCUGAGCUUAGAAAAACCAGAUCUGCAGAAUUCCUUGCAAAUGAAAAGGCUAAGGGAAAAAAGAGAAAAAUUCCAGUGUUUUCCUCCGAGUUUCCCUUAACAAAAGAAGAGCCAAAAGUUGGUUUCAUAAGAAGUAAGACUGGAGGUUCAAUGUCUUCUCGAAGUGGAAGCAGUAGCUGUAAAGGAUGUUCCAUGUAUAGCCUUGAUUUACCACCCAGUGUAUUGAACAGGCAGCAAUCUAUGAAAUCGGUGAAACCAAGGGAAUUGCCUGCAAAUAGAAGAUUCUAUGCAAAUGCCAGGAAAACGAUGCUCACAAACAGGUUAAUUCUUCAAAGGAAAAAACAUUCCUAUGAGGAUAGGAGUGCAAAGGAAACUAAUAGGAUGAAUCCAAGAGGACAUCUCCGCUUCCCGCUUCAGAAACAGCAGCCUGUUCGAGGAUCAUCAGAGGUUUUUGACUCCAGUGAGCUAAUCUCAUGUCUCAGGAAUCCUGAGAAAAAGUUUUUGGGCUGCUAUCCAGUGAUUGAACGGUCUAUCGAAUACUCUGAUGGGACGGCGACCAUGCUUGAUUUACCAUGUAACUCUGAUGGGAUGGCGACCAUGCUUGAUUUACCAUGUAACUCUGAUGGGAUGGCGACCAUGCUUGAUUUACCAUGUAACUCUGAUGGGACGGCGACCAUGCUUGAUUUACCAUGUAACUCUGAUGGGAUGGCGACCAUGUUUGAUUUACCACCUGACUCUGGGAUGGCAGCCAUGUUUGAUUUACCACGUGGUCAGAUGAUUUCAACCGACCCUUCUGUAAGAACUGAGAUCGCAAGAAUAGAUUCCAGAAUAUCAGUUGGCUCACAGUCACAGAAAGACAAUGACAGGAAUUCCGUGACUGAAGACGGACACACAAUUAUUUGGUGAAGAAUGAAGAAAUCUAAAUUUUAGUUUUAAAAACUUGCUAAUCCUUAUAUAUUUGAAACAUAGAAUUUAUAGAUUGAUAUUUUAAAAGUCUACGACUUCAGGUAUUAGAAAAUUAGACUUUGUUGCAAGAACUCAGUUCCUUUCGCCUGUUUGUAACAAAGCAAGGAAAUAGAAAGCCAAGAAAUGUUUAAAUAUAAUUUUUUUUGAAUUUCCCAAUUUUGAUUUGAGCCUUAUAUAAAAAAUGUCACUCGUAAAAAGUCUUUAAAAUUUUAAUUCAAUAAACUGUAAAGAAUACAAAUGAUAUCAGAUAUGAGAAGAAACCAUAUUUUGUAACAAGAUAUUUGUAUUUAU